GCCCAGCCGGCCCCCUCCUCGGCCUCCCCUCUCCUUCUCCAUCCCUCUCCGUGGGGCUGUACUGAGUACUUGGUGCGAUGGCUGUGCAGAUGCAGUUCGAAGCAAAUGCAGAUACCUCAGCAGAGGAAGAGAGCUUUGGACCACAGCUCAUAUCUAGGUUAGAGCAAUGUGGUAUAAAUGCAAAUGAUGUGAAGAAAUUAGAAGAAGCUGGAUUUCACACAGUUGAGGCUGUUGCUUAUGCACCAAAGAAGGAGCUACUAAGUAUUAAAGGCAUCAGUGAAGCCAAAGCUGACAAAAUCUUGGCUGAAGCAGCUAAACUGGUUCCGAUGGGUUUCACCACAGCAACGGAAUUCCACCAGCGAAGGUCAGAGAUCAUCCAGAUCACCACUGGGUCCAAAGAACUUGAUAAACUUCUUCAAGGAGGAAUAGAAACAGGGUCCAUAACAGAGUUAUUCGGGGAGUUUCGUACUGGAAAAACACAGUUGUGUCAUACCCUGGCAGUAACCUGUCAACUUCCCAUUGACCGAGGUGGUGGUGAAGGAAAAGCUAUGUAUAUCGACACAGAAGGGACCUUCCGUCCAGAACGUCUGCUUGCUGUGGCUGAAAGGUAUGGCUUGUCUGGCAGUGAUGUCCUGGAUAAUGUGGCGUAUGCUCGAGGUUUUAACACAGACCAUCAGACCCAGCUCCUGUAUCAGGCAUCUGCUAUGAUGGCUGAGUCACGGUACGCGCUGCUGAUAGUGGACAGUGCCACAGCCCUUUAUCGGACAGAUUACUCAGGAAGAGGUGAGCUGUCAGCUAGACAGAUGCAUCUGGCCAGAUUUCUGCGUAUGCUGCUUCGACUUGCAGAUGAGUUUGGGGUGGCAGUUGUGAUCACUAACCAAGUGGUAGCACAAGUAGAUGGAGCAGCCAUGUUUGCUGCAGAUCCCAAAAAACCUAUUGGAGGAAACAUCAUAGCACACGCUUCCACCACGAGACUGUAUCUGCGAAAAGGCCGAGGUGAAACCAGAAUAUGUAAAAUCUAUGACUCGCCUUGCCUUCCUGAGGCUGAAGCAAUGUUUGCUAUUAAUGCUGAUGGAGUGGGAGAUGCUAAAGACUGAAGACUCCAUUUCAUUUCCCGUGUAGCCCAAGACUAGGUGUCCGUAAGACUCCUUUCUUUCUGGCGCCUUCCAGAUGCUUUCCCAACGCAGCUGCUGUUCAAAUGCUGGCAGAGGAAUCUGUUGUAUUUCAGCGCAGAAGUCCGUCGCGUGAAUACACUUUGAGACGCAUCUGGAGGUGCUGCUUGGAAGAGAUCUACCCUCUUGCGCUUUAGUCACAUGUUAGAUUCACGUGGUUUCUUGCGAACAUUUUCAGAGGACCAUAGCCUUUGUAUUUUCCUCACGGCUGUUGCUCCAGCUGGAUUCUCCCGGUGGACAUAGCACAGUAAAAUCUGAGAGUAUGUGGCCGUAGUUCAUAACUUGGUGAAUUUGAAGUAGCAUUGAUGGGUUUGUCAAAUAAGAAAAGUGGUGACUUAAAUACUUAAUGGAUUGCUUUAAUUAUAAAAUAAAGCAGAAUGGUAUUCCACAAUAAGAAUUUGAGGAUAUUGCUGGGAUUGAUGAUGAUCACAAUCCAUAUUCUUUAUGUUAAUUUUGUUUUGGAUGCUGCAACAUGCUGGUUUUGAGGAAUUGUUAAUUUACAUUUCAAUUACUUUUUUUGUAUUUCAUUAAUUCUCUGUGGAAAUCUGCUUUUAAUAAAAAGGACUAUGAAAAUAUUGACGACAUUACAGGUUUCUGGAAUUCAGACCAAGGCAGUUUUAAUCUGCAGGU